GCCGUCUCUCCUGCUUGUCCUCCUGGCCGGCAAUGGAAGCAGCAGCCCAGCUGCCAAGAGCUCCUUUUCUCCCUUUUCUCUCAGCUGAUCGGUGGGUGGGCAAUGGGGCUUCCAGGGAGGCCUCUGUGUAGGCCGCAGUGAAGCCUGAACUCGAGUAGGGCCCCAGCCAGCCAGGAAGGAGGAGGCAGCCAGAGUGGCCACCACUGUUCUCUGCAGCAGAAGACCCCCCUGCUGCCCUGCCCAGCCCAGCAUUUGCCAGUUUAACCGGCAUCGCUGCAAGAGUGGAGGGCCCCGAGAAGAACAGUGAAUCCUCAGCUGUUACAAACUGGUUUGAAACAAACAUAUUGUCGAUAUCGAACAGACUCAGAAAGCGACUAUUCCCAGGAUUCUCCUCCCCAGUUUAAGGCUGUGGGGAAUGAAAUGUUGGAGCUCUGACAUGAAUAAAGGGCCGUCCGGUCACUGCGGCAUGGUUGUCUAUUUUGAAAAUACAACCCAUUCAUAAAGGAGACCGAAGCCUCAUCCUCAGCACUGAACAGGGAAGGAAAAACCCACCGCUUGCCCCAUUGUCUGGAGGAAACGAAACGCUGGCCAGUGAAGAAAGGCAUUGAACAUACACAAUGUCCUCAUGGCUAGACCGAGAACGGAGAGGACGGCAGAUGAAUCACACAAAAGAAUGCAUGACCAGCAGCAGCAGCAGUUCCUGGACAGAGGAAGAAGACUCCUAACAGAGUGACCUGGGAGGUCCUCGUGUGAGCCAGCCGGGCUGUUCCAGUAGCCAGCCUCGUGAGUGUCCGUGCGCAGCAGCGUUGGAGACUUCGGGAGCGUCUUUCUGGUGGAAGGGAGGCGAAACGGUGACCGAGGGCAGCCAGGAUGUCUGCGGAGGCACUUCUGAGCAUGGACGAGGGGACGCUCCGGAAACUGCUCGACGCCACGCUGGACCUGGCCGAGCGCCGGCAGAUCCGCUCCGCCAUCCGGGAGCUGCGGCGGCAGGAGCUGGAGCGCGACGAAGAGGCGCUGGCGUCCAAACGCUUCCGGACGGAGCGCAGCGCAGAGAGGCAGGAGAACAAGGAGAACUGGCUGCGGUCCCAGCGGCUGGAAGAGGAGCAGAAGCAGCAGAAAUCUCUGGACGUCCUCUCCGGGAAGCUUGAGAGCAUCCAGGACGUGGAAGAGCUGACGGCUUUGCUACGAGGAGCCAGCAAGUACGAAGAGCGCAAGCUGAUCCGUGCCGCCAUCCGCAAGUUGCGGGCGGAGGAAAUUGAAGCUGCAGCCUUGGCCGGAAAGGCUUACUACAGCCGCAGAGACAAGGAGAUCCUUGACUCCAAGAAGCAGGAGGAGGAAAACUCCUCAGAUGGAGGCAUCUCUGAGGCGCAGGAGCGGGAGCUGAUUAGGGCCCAGAUCCGGGAGCUGCGAAGUGAACAGCACCGAGAGACCAAGCCGACGGAGGUCCCGGACUCCUCGCCAGGGACGUUUCUCCUCCUGGACCCUGUUGCUAACCAGCCCUCUUCCGAAUCGUCUUCGUCCUCGAUUCCAGAGACGGUGCCGGAUCGAGAAACGAGCACUGAGAGCCCCAAAGCGAGCUCCCAUGACAGUGAUUCCGAUACGGAGCCCCAGCCCCCUUCCGCGGAGGAGAGCCCCAGUGGCACUUUGGAAGGGGAAGGCAGUGAGCCGCUGAGGGCCCCCAAAGAAGGGGCACCCCCCAGGGAGACCAUGCAAGAGCAGGCUGAGACUCCCAGUGCCGGAAGAGGCGUCUGCCAGGCCGAAGACGCCCACCCGAGGCUAUUGAAUGACGAGCACGAGAGCAGCGAGGAUGUCCUCCGAGCUCCAGAGAAGGAAGCACACUCAGUGGAUAACGAAGGUGAUGCCGCAUCAUGUGAGGCCCCCAAGACCUCCACCCCACUAGACGCCCACUGCUGCGAAACGGCGCAAGCCACACCACGCCCAGCUGCCGGCACAGACGCCCGGCGGGAGCAGCAAUCCCAGCGGUCCGGCUCCGUGUGGGAGCGUGCGCGCAAGUUCAACGCGGAUCCCCCCUCCCAAACCGCCGGUCCCCCGAAAGGGGAGAGCGCACACAGAGGCUCCCGGAUCCUCCAGCAGCAACAGCAGCUCCUGCACCCCCAACGUGUGGCAGACUCACCUGCUGGAGCCCGCGGCGGGGCCGUCGGCCGUGCCCCCCAGGAUGGCCCCCAGCGGGCAGAGAACAGCGGCGCCGGCGGGGAGCCGGCCACAAAUCCCACAGCCUCUCCGGCAAAGGCAGAGCUGCUCCGGCCUCUGGCUCCGGGUCCAGCCUGCCCUAAAGAGGCAGGCGGUCCCGGUGGGCGGAGCAAGGGCAGCCAAUGGCAGGGCGGCAAGGCGAUGCCGACCCGGCCGGCCGUUGAAAACACCAACGGGAGCGCGGCCGGCUCAGAGAAACCCUCCAGCAGCCCUCGGCCACCCCAGGCACGCAAUCACGGUGCCGACCCCAGCGACGCCAUGAAGACCCUCUUCACCAUUGAGAUCAAGGAUGGCCGCGGCCCCCCUGUCCGAAGCCACAUUGUCGGGAUGCCAGGCAGCCAGCGGGCAGAGCUCACCCUGGGGUUGAGGAGCGCCCCCAUCCGAAUCACCACCAGCAGCACCAGCAACGUGGGCAGUGCCAGCCAUGCCAGCAGCCUUAACGCGAUGGACACGGAGCUGCCAGCCCAGCCUCGGGUGGAAGAGCCGGAGCUGUCCAACGGCACAGAGAAGGAGAAGCUCCUGACCCAGGAAUUGCAGCAGCGAGGCCGGCUGAGCGCGGAGGAGCUGAGCAAAGUGGAGGAAGAGGAGGUGCUGGACAAGAUGUUGGACCAGACGACGGACUUUGAGGAACGGCGGUUGAUCCGGGCAGCCAUGCGGGAACUGCGCCAGCGGAAGCGAGAACGGCGGGAUAAGGAGCGAGACCAGCGGCUGCAAGAGGCGAAGCCCAAGGGGGCCAGCCGGACCAUGGAGACCACCGCCCGGCAGAGCGCCUCCUCGGCUGACGGCUCGGCUGUCAGCAGCAUCACCAAGACCCAGCGUCUUGUUCAGUCCAAUGACGGCAGCAAAACUUCCCGGACAACGACUGUUGAGUCGAGCUUCAUGAAGAGAUCGGAAAAUGGCAACACCUUUGUCCAGACCAAGUCGUCCUUCAGCUCAUCGUCUUCCAAGAAAGUGGGCAGCAUCUUUGAGCGGGAGGACGAGAGUGCUGGGCGCGCCAGCAAUUUGGCUGCCCUGGAGAGGCGCCAGGCGGAGAAGAAGAAGGAGCUGAUGAAGGCCCAGAGCCUGCCCAAGACGUCGGCAUCGCAGGCCCGCAAGGCCAUGAUUGAGAAGCUGGAGAAGGAGAGCGGGAGCCCAGCAAACCCGGCGCUGUCCCGCGUGGCCGUCCAGCGCUCCUCCAGCUUUGGGGUCCCCAACGCCAGCAGCAUCAAGCAGAUGCUCUUGGACUGGUGCCGCGCCAAGACCCGGGGAUAUGAGCACGUCGACAUCCAGAACUUCUCCUCCAGCUGGAGCGACGGCAUGGCCUUCUGCGCCCUCGUCCACAACUUCUUCCCCGAGGCCUUUGACUACGCGCAGCUCUCGCCGCAGGACCGGCGGCGCAACUUUGAGAUGGCCUUCUCGGCGGCCGAGGUGCUCGUAGACUGCAUGCCCUUGGUGGACGUGGAGGACAUGAUGAUCAUGGGGAAGCGUCCCGACGCCAAGUGCGUCUUCACCUACGUGCAGUCUCUCUACAACCACCUGCGGCGCCACGAGCUCCGGAUGCGGCAGCAGCAUUUCUAGCCCCCCACCCCGCCCCCCCCGCCGGCGCGUCUCCGGGGAGAAACCCCUCCCUCACCGCCCCCUGCAAACAUCCCGCCUCUCUCGGCCCCGUGUGGGGCUGCAGGCAAGGGAGAAAGGACCCGCCUGCACCUCUUGUUCCUACAACGAUGUGGGGUGGGGACCAGGAGCACAGCUCCCCCCCACAGCGGGCUGAGCACUCGGCAAUCCAAGUCAGCUCAACGGAGGAGGCGCCCCCCGCACAGGCUUUUGAUGUGAUCGUUGUUGUGGUUUCCUGUAAUAAGUUAUUCCUUUGUCAAAGUAUCUUUUUCGGCAGCCUGCACGACGCCCCCCACGGAAGACCCCCUGCGGGUGCUACGGCGGACUGUCUGGCUUUGUGCUUUUGGCUUUUGGCAGAGUUCUUCCUUGCAAGGCCGGGGGGGUCAGCGGCGGCCCUCCACCACCCCUCAGCGAGGCCCGCCGACUCCUUGUUUAUUGGGCCUGUGUGAAGCUUUGGGCAAGGCUGACCACUCGGGUCGCUGGUCUCGUGCAAGCGUCCCCAGCCUUUGGUUCGCUACAUGGCGCCGGACUACAGCUCCCAUCACCCCCUGUUGCCGUGGCCUGGGGUGUGUGAAGCAUGUUGUAGUCCAGCAACAUUGGGGGAAAGAGGGGAGGACCCCUGGCCGGAGUUGUCUUUCCAGGUCUGCUCCGUUCGUGUCGAAAAGGGGAGGCCCGUUUUGCAAAUUGCCCUUGCAAAUUUGGCCCUCCGGGGGUUGUCGAAUGACAGCUCCCACCAUUCCCAGCCGCCAUUUUAUUGGGAGUUGUUCCUGAUGGGAGUUGUAGUUCAGCAACGGCUGGAGGGCCAGGUUUGCCCACCCACCCCCGGCAUCGAUGCCGUAGUUGCCGCACCUUAACUCAGAUCAGGAGUCCUGUCCCUCCCACUUCCCAUCUGGCCGGAAUCCUCCGGUCAUGGCCCCAGUGCAAGGGAGAGGCCACUCUGCACACGCUCAAAGGCACUCUUCACUCACCAAUCCAUUGGUGAGGGUUUCGAAUGUGGCUGGAGCCCACCCACCCCUCCUAAAGGGGAGCGAAAUUGCCCAUACACCUAGAGAACGUGGUGUGGAACCCCCUUUUUGUCACCGCACACCCCACCCUGUUUGGCGCUAAAUUAAUUUCAGGAGUGUGGGAGCGGUGAGGAUUAUAUUUCGAGAAUUACAUUUCCUUGCAUUCUCAAAGCCCUUCAUAGACAUGAUCUCAGGUGUGCUAGGAACAUAGGCUGCUGCUAAGGUUUCAGGCUCGGGGGUCUUUCCCGACCCGACCUGGAGAUGCUGCCAGCCUGUGAACCUGGGACCUUCAGCAUGCAAAGCAGAUGCUCUUCCCUAAGGGGAAUGUCUUGCAGGGCUCAUGGGUAGUCACCCAUCCAGAUGCACACCAAAGAAGACCCUGCUUAGCAGAGGGGCCCAUUCCGGCUUGCUACCGCCAGACCAGCUCUCCUGUUUGCAGAAACACUAGUAAUCAAAGGAUGACAUCUGGGAGUAGCGGGCAGGUCUUUGAGACUUCUCCCUUGGCCAGGGCUGCAGAACUGUAUCCCUCGAGUGCUCUUGGAUUACAACUCCCAUCAUCCCCUGCCACACUGGCCAAUAGUCGAGGGGCACUGCAGUCCAAAAACAGCUGAGGAUGGGCAGGAGAUAUGAGGGUUGUGUUUCGGUUCAAAUGGGCUCGCUUCCUAGUCAAGUGCACAGCCUUUAGCGAGUAUGGAACAAUUUUGGUUCUGGUUUUUCAAGACCAGAAGGGUUGAGAAGAAAGGAUGGGCCAUGUACCCCCUUUGCUUGGCUGCGGAGGGCUUGUCACUGCAUGUUGUUCCUGUGAGUUCUCUGCAGAAUCCGCACUAGCGCCAUCCUUCCACCCCAGACCCCCUAGAGUACAUCUGUCUUCGCUGGGGAUCCUACAGCAUUUCUGUCUUCCUCGGUUCUUUGCUCGCCGGGCACUCGCUGGACCGUCACGCCAACCCUCCAGAGGUGAAGAUACGGGAUAGGUGGAGAAGCCAGCUCUGGCUGGCAGCAACUGGACUCUUGGGGGAACAGGAGGGGGGGGUUCCUUCUCCUGCACUGCUGUCAGCCCUGGGGUGCACCACCCAGCCAAACACCAGAUUGUAACCAUCCGUACACCAGCACAAGAAUGUCUGUAUCCGCACUGAGACAAUAAAGUUUGGACAGUUUUCUGUC